UCAAAUGAUGUCAAAUCACGUCAAGAGAACUAACAAAAAAACAUGAACAAAGUUUUUGUUCGAAAUUAAACAAAACAUUUUUGUUAAUUUGCCUACGAUUUGCGUUGCGUUCAUAGCUAAUUCCUUAACAUGUCUUCUAUUUACUCGCUAUAAGAAUAAUUUUGUAUUUUUUAUAGUAUUAAAAAUAGAGAAACAUGAGUCGAUGCGAUUUCAAAGUGGUUCUUUUAGGCAGUGAACAUGUAGGGAAAACAAGUUUAGUGUUAAGAUUCGUGAACUGUAAUUUUAAUUCUAAUACGCCUUAUCAAAACACAAUUGGUGCAGCGUUUUGUGCAAAACGUAUGCAAUCUAACGGGCAGGACUUCAACGUUGGCAUUUGGGACACAGCAGGAAGCGAAAGAUACGAGGCAAUGACGAAAACUUAUUAUAGAGGGGCACAUGCAGCUAUCAUAUGCUAUGAGCCAUCUUCAGUCCACUCCUGGACUCGGCUGAGACAUUGGUUACAAGAGUUACGUGUAGUCGAAGAGGACUGUAAGGUCUACCUAUGUGGGACAAAGAAAGACCUUUUAGAUUCUGGAGCGGUCUCUCGGGAGAUACCUGAGGAUACUGUCGCCACAUACUCUCAAGGUCUCAACGGACACUUCUUUACAUCAAGCAAGACUGGUGAAAAUGUCGAUGAACUUUUCCAAAAAAUCGUCGACGAUUGUGCAGCCGAUCUGAAAAUGAUGAGGACAGUGGAACAGCAUAGGGAAAAUCUGCUCCGACUCGAGAAAGUCAAGGAGAAAACAUACUGCACUUGUUAAUAUACAUGGUCACUGGUAUCAAACGCAAAACCUCCUAAAGACUACUUGGGUACAUCGAAACAAGCAACUUUUACUCUACGACUUUUCCGUGAUUCGUAAUUUUUUAUUUUCAUAUAAAAAAAAAAUAUCAAUCUAAUUUGCGAUUCUACACAUGUUAACUGUAUGUAAUAGCCGAGCGAAUACACGAGACAGUGCAGUAGCGUUAUGUAGCGGAAUCGAACAUAGAGUUAACGUUUUAUAGAAACGACAUUAAAACUAAAAAAAGGAAAAGUUUUAUAUUUAUUACGUUUAGACAAAAAAUCCUUGAACAAAAUAUGUUAUUAGUCUCUAUGUAGAUUGUAGGUACAUUUUACAGGCCUUUGGAAGGUUAUGCGUCAGAUACCAGUAACCCUGUAUAGGGUAAAGAGUAAGUGAUUUUAAUCUCUGAAAUCUCCGAAUAAAAAUAAUUCUUUUUUUUUUAUUCUGGUAGCCCAUUGGGUACAACCGGCUGUGAUCGAAAGGUCCCAGGUUCGAAUCCUACUCGCGCCAUAUGAGCUUGUAUAUCAAUCUGAUUCGUGUAAUAGUUUUCGUAGACACUUGCUUCCGGUGAAGGGAAACAUCGCGAGGAAACCUGCGCACUGGUGGACAGUUUAGUUCACUAGUGUGUGUGCGACUACCUGCCAGUAGAUGGUGGUAGGUAGUCGUAAAAGUCGUGUCAGAUGCCUUUAGGCGAUUUGAAUAAAAUCCGGAACCAGUGUUAGCAGCGACAAUUAAAAUAACAUGUAUUGGAGUUGCGUUCGUUCGCUUUCGUACAAUCUAUUAUUAUAAAGAGGUAAGCGUUUGUGAAUUUGUAUGUUUGAGGCGGGUAAUCUCCGAAACUAGCGAAUCGACUUCAAAAAUUUCUGUCACCAUUAAAUAGGUACAUCAUCUAAAAUUGCAAUAGGCUAUAAUUUAAUCUCAAAAUUGCCACGGGAGCGAAGCCGCGGGCAACAUCUAGUAUUUAAAAUGUAUACAUGUGCCGUGUUCAAUUCUUCCGUAAUUUUUCGGAACCCCUAAAUUGGAACUGUCACUAGGAAAUACCGCAGCAAAGGUUAAGGCACUUUUAAUGGGUCACGUAAAGGAUGCAAAACCGGGUGACCUUUUUUUAUUAAAGGUAUGUGGCAUAAUUUUCGAUAACAAACCAAUGAAUACACUCGAAUACACUCGAAUGUAAUGUAAUGUAACCUCCUUGAUCCUUCUUCAUAGUCGUAUUCCUCAUGGCUGAGGGUCGUGGUCGUUACAUGGAAUGAAACACACGUAACAACUUUCUUGGCAUUAUUAAUGGAGUGGUUUGCCAUUGCCUUCUCCAUUUCACACACAAGUUAAUAAUCAACCAGUGUGCAGGUUUCCUCACGAUGUUUUUCCUUCACCGGAAGCAUGUGGUGGUCGAUGAAAACUACUAUACUUGAGUCAGAUUGGUAUACAAACUCAUGUGGCACGAGUAGGAUUCGAACCUGGGACCUUUCGAUCCACAGGCGGGCGUCUUAACCAUUGCACCACCACCGCUUCUCCUUGAUAGCCGGUUAAAAAUAUCCUAAGUAUGUGUCGUGAAUUCGUCCUCUUAUUUUUUAAUAUCUAUAUGUUUAAGACCUACAUUUGUUUGGUCGUCUUUGGAGAAAAGGCUGCGGUGAAGUUUGUUGCGCCGCUUCUUCUUCACCUGCGCUUUGGAAGCCGGCAGUAGACUUAGUUUUAAGUAAUUUUUUGACGUCAAUAUAUAGUAUAUCAUCCUAAAUUGAAUAAAGAAUUUUGAAUUGACAGAUUUGCUUCUGAGCCGAGUGGUUCCGCGUUCGAUCCCCGGUCGGGUCAUGAUGGAAAAUGAUCUUUUUCCGAUUGGCCCGGGACUUGGAUGUUUAUCUAUAUACGUAUUUGUUAUAAAAUAUAGUAUCGUUGAGUUAGUAUCCCAUAACACAAGUCUCGCACUUACUUUGGAGCUAGCUCAAUCUGUGUGAUUUGUCCUAAUAUAUUUAGUGUGUAUGCUUGUUACUUUUUCACUCAAAAUCUAUUGGACACAUUGUUAUGACUUCAAAGAUCACGCGAUCACAAACUGUGAACACAGAAAAAGUAUUUUUUGAAAAAAAAAAAAAACUAUUAAAAAAAACAAUUGACCGACCCGUUGCCUGGCUUGGUUUUCGUCGACCACAUCGGAAAUUAGGUCUCAAUCGAAAAGUGCAAUAAGUCUAGUACUGAAAUUACCUAUAUUCAAUGUAGGGUUGCCAGUCCCACAAGCUUAAGCUCGGCUCCUUUGUCAUCCCGACGUCUUAACUUCUGAACUACUGAAACUAAAAUUGUCACCAUUCGUUCAUUCAUUCGUUUGUCCAUUCAUUCAUUAUACAUUAUUCGACUCAUUAUACUCAUUCAUACAUUAUUCGACGACCUCGGUGGCGCAGUGGUAAGGUUCUUGCCACUGAACCGAGAGGUCCCGGGUUCGAUCCCCGGUCGGGUCAUGAUGGAAAAUGAUCUUUUUCUGAUUGGCCCGGGUCUUGGAUGUUUAUCUAUAUAUGUAUUCGUUAUAAAAUAUAGUACCGUUGAGUUAGUAUCCCAUAACACAAGUCUCGAACUUACUUUGGGGCUAGCUCAAUCUGUGUGAUUUGUCCUAAUAUAUUUAUUUAUUUAUUCAUUCGUUCAUUCUAUCUAUCAUUCAUUCAUUCGUUCGUUCGUUCUUCCAUUCAAUCGUCUAUUCGUUCAUUAAUUAAAAAAUAAAUCUAUCUUGUGUAGUCUUAUGUGGCAACACGACCGCGACGGUGCAUUCCCUUGUCUUUAAAUAUUAAACUUAAUUAUUCUUAUGUUUCUUUUACAGUCUUAACAAUUGUGUUAAGACAGUAAAAGAAACAUAAGAAUAAAUAUAUCAACACGUGUAUUGACACGUGUUGAUAUAAAGCUGUCUUUGUUUUAAUUGUCAAGGAUAGCAAUAUAUGAGCUCUCUAAUGCUUACUGGCAUCAGUCAAGCCAAUUAUUUGAACUAAUUAUAUUCACGUAGGAUCCAGUUUUACUUACGUUGUUAUAUUACUGAUAAAAUUUUUUUCAUCAAUUUAUAUUUAAAAAAUGGUAAGCCCUUCUGGCGUGAUAGGGACCAACACUGUUAGAAUGAAUUUCUUUCGGCAUUUCUUCUCGGCAGUGGUCGUUCCGAAAUGCUAGUAGUUUGCAGCUUUGGCAAAUAUCAUUAAACUAGCUUUUGCCCGCGGCUUCGCACGCGUUUAUUUCAGUUCUUAAAAGUAGUAAACUUCAUCUUCAUGUAGCUUAGUAGUCUUCGAGAUUUCGUGUUACGUGAGAGAGUGAGUGUUUUUCGCUUUUAUAUAUAAAGAUUCAGAAUAUGACGUGAAAAAGUGCAUGUGAAGGUCUAAUUUCUGAAUGAAUGAUUUAGAUUUUUUGACGUUAUUGAUCGAGCGAAGUGAGCGAGGUCUAAAAUUGACGAAUUUGACGACCUCGGUGGCGCAGUGGUAAAGUUCUUGCCACUGAACCGAGAGGUCCCGGGUUCGAUCCCCGGUCGGGUCAUGAUGGAAAAUGAUCUUUUUCAGAUUGGCCCGGGUCUUGGAUGUUUAUCUAUAUAUGUAUAUGUUAUAAAAUAUAGUAUCGUUGAGUUAGUAUCCCAUAACACAAGUCUCGAACUUACUUCGGGGCUAGCUCAAUCUGUGUGAUUUGUCCUAAUAUAUUUAUAUUUUAUUUAUAUUUAUUCGACUUUGGGCAAAAAUACAUUUUUUGUACGUAUGUAACGCGAUAACUUUGGAACCGUUUGUAUGAUUUUGGUGAAAUUUGAAAGGUAUGUAGGAUCUGCCAAUAUAUUUUUUUAAGCACGUGGGGCAAUCGGUUAAGCAGUUUUUGAAAUAUUCACAAUUUUGUAAGUUCGCGGCGAACAAUUAGUGUAAUUAAAAUAAAACAUCCCGUUUGCCCGCCAAACCACGAAACAUACAAAUACGUAGCACGUAACUAACGUUCACACGCUGUUUCUUUUUCCCAUAUCGUGUGUGUACGCAAUUACGUGUUGCGUGUCACGGUAUGAUACUCGUAGUAGCCAACAUAAUUUCAUUUCAGUUCGAAAACCAAUCUGAUCAUCAGAAGUGUCUCUGAUCUUGAUAUGGCAACCCUAAUGCAACAUGUUAUAAUAUUUUAGAUUCCGUAUAACAUUUUAUAUUUAUCGAUUUCGAUCGGUCUGCGGUUAGACGCAUCUAAUGAUCUUUUUUUGUCUCACUAUGUCUGGCUUAGAAUAUCAUCAAGCUAUUCCUUUGUGUCGUACAAGGCGAGUAACGGAAAAAUAUUAAAAGAUGGGUUAUUUUUGUUACCCCACGCAGUUUCGCUGGUGGAAAUUUUUCGAGAAUUACAUUUAAUGAAUAGUUUAGUUUUCAACCCGCGACAAUAGGGGUGUUAUAAUUUUGACCCCUAAGUGUGUCUGUGUACGUGGCACCGUAGCUCAUCAACGGAUGAAGCGAUUUGGAUGCGUUUUUUUUUAUUUGGUAGCUAAUUUUAAUGCGGUAGUUCUUAGAUAUGUUUGAUCGAAAUCGGUUCGGCCGUUCAAAAGUUGUAGCGAAAUGUAUAUUGAAAGUCGGGGCUCUUUUAAAUUUCUCUAACAAAUAAACUAGUUUACUAUGUGUUACGCCACACUGGAGCUUUUUUGUACAUUUUAUUCAAAACUAGAUGUUGCCCGCGGCGUCGCUCCCGUGGGAAUUUUGAUGUAAAAUAUAGCCUAUAGCAAUCUUGGAUAAUGUAAUGUAUAUGGUGAAAGAAUUUUUGAAAUCGGUUCGGUAGUUUCGCAGUGUAUCCGCCUCAAACAUACAAACUCACAAACGCUUACCUCUUUAUAAUAAUAGUAUAGAUAAAUAUCUAUUAAUAUCUAGUUGAAGCCACAUAUCUGAAUACUAUAGUUUCUUUAUAUUGCGAUGUUUAAGUAUUUAAUUUAUGAAUUCAGUUGGAAGUGUAUUUAUUUGGGUCACAUAUUAGAUUUAAGAUAAAUAAAUAAAUAUAUAAGGACAAAUCACACAGAUUGAGCUAGCCCCAAAGUAAGUUCGAGACUUGUGUCAUGGGAUACUAACUCAACGAUACUAUAUUUUGUAACAAGUACAUAUAUAUAGAUAAACAUCCAAGACCCGGGUCAAUCAGAAAAAGAUCAUUUUCCAUCAUGACCCGACCGGGGAUCGAACCCGAGACCUCUCGGUUCAGUGGCAAGAACUUUACCAACGCGCCACCGAGGUCGUCAAAUUAGAUUAAGAUAUUUAUUCUCAUUAAGAAUUACAAAUUCACUUCACAUGAGAACAACACAAAUAAGUCUAAAUAACAACAUCACUGCCCGAUAUUCGCGUACAUAUUUGUAUCUUAGAUAAGUGUUCGGUGCUGUUUGUGUUGGUGCAAACAAAUAUAAGUCUUAUACAUAUAUUAAAAAUCAGGAGGACGAAUUUACAUCAUUAUUAAAAAUGACAAAAUUUGAAUGAAUAAAUAAAAUGAAAGUUGUA